AUGGCCCAAGGCCUCAUUCUCGAGGAUGAUUGGACAGGAAAAUCUUCAGCAAAAGAGAGGCGUAAAUUGCAAAAUCGCUUGCAUCAGCGAGCGUGGCGUACGCCGAUUUUCCUUCAUAAUGCAUGUACGCAACUAAUAUCGCCUCCACCUGGUUAUGUGGGUAUUGGAAGUGCAACACCUGAGACAAAUUCGCAUCAAUUGACGCUUAACAAUUCUGUUUCGCCAGGAAAAAAUGCACAUCAAGACCUAAUCCACUUCGAUGGAGACACCCGAACUUUAGGUGCAAUUUCUAGCGUCACGCCAAUAUGUUAUGCAAACGACAUUAUGAACGCCCCCCUCUCCGCCGAUCACCGACUCAUAACUCUCAUUCAAUUCAAUGCUCUCCGUGCAUUCAUAACAAAUAUGUCCCUCACAUCCUCACUUAAUGCAAUCCCCACAGAAUGUCACAUUCAACUCUCAAUAGUUCUGCCCACGCCUCCUCAGCCGCCACCGACAUUCACUCCGACUAAGCUGCAGCGCUUGCAUCCCCACCCAUAUUGGGUGGAUUCUGUUCCAUCCCCAACUCUACGGGAUAAUUUAACUAUUGCUAUUGCAACUGGCGACCCGCGAUUCGACGAGGACGCACUAUGUGGAGAUAUGUGUGGAGGGCUAUGGGAUGGGUACGAUAAUUGCGCCGAAUAUGGGAUUCUGGUUUGGGGCGAGCCAUGGUUGGUAGAGAGUUGGGAAGUCACGCAAGGGUUCUUGCGAAGAUGGGGAUGGCUUUUGAAAGAUUGCUCAGAUAUGAUAAGGGCCAGCAAUGACUGGAGAGAGUCGAGAGGUGAGGAGAGACUGAUUGUAGAGGUAUGA